AUGGCAGCCCCUGCCCUUCUGCUCCUGGUGCUGGUGCUGCCCACCGAUGCCUGGCAUGGCCUGGGGCUGCCCCGACAUCCCUGCGUGCACUGCUGCCGCCCAGCGUGGCCCCCGGCCACUGCCCCCGGCCCCUACACCCGGGUGAGUGGGGGAGACCCGUGGGAGGGGCUGCCCCGUGUGCGGCCCACAAUCGACAUCUCCAUCCUGAAAGGUGAGAAAGGCCAGGCAGGGCUCAGAGGCCGCCCCGGCAGGAGCGGAAAGGAGGGCCCGCCCGGUGCCUGGGGCCUGCGGGGCCGCAAAGGCCAGAAGGGGCAGGCGGGGCCUCCGGGCGCCCCGUGCCAGCGCGCCUCCGCCGCCUUCUCGGUGGGCCGGCGCGAGGGGCUGCAGAGGGCCGACGGCCUCCAGGCGGUGCCCUUCGACACGGAGCUGGUGAACCUGGACGGUGCCUUCGACCUGGCCGCGGGCCGUUUCCGCUGCGCUGUACCCGGGGUCUACUUCCUCAGCCUCAGCGUGCACACCUGGAACCACAAGGAGACCUACCUGCACAUUAUGCGGGACCAGCAGGCGACAGCCGUCCUCUAUGCGCAGCCCAGCGAGCGCAGCCUCAUGCAGGCCCAGAGCCUGCUGCUGCCGCUGGCUGCCGGUGACACUGUCUGGGUGCGCAUGUUCCAGCGCGACCGCGACAACGCCAUCUACGGUGAGCCCGGGGACCUCUACAUCACCUUCAGCGGCCACCUGGUCCAGCCAGCUGCCGAGCUCUAG